CGUCGUUUAGUAACACCAACAAUACCAAAAUCCCCAAACCUUUUCCAAGUCCAGGUCCCCAUUUCACCUACCCCUCGUGGCCAACUUCACUCUUCGGAGUGCACCUCCUCUCAAUCUCUCCCUCUCCCUCUCCCUCUCGCUCUCCUGCUUCGCUUCCAAUCUUGGUUUCUUACUCCCCGUCUGCCUCUCGAUCUCUGUCCCCCUGGCCCGCUUCUCCCUCUUUCUAUGGAUCUUCGUUUACUGCCGAGAGCUCUGUAUGGGAAGGAUGUGAGGCAAUUCCAAGGCUUACACUGUGAGCACUAUAAGCUUCUUGAAAAGGCCGGAUAUGUUGCCAGCCCUACGGUUUACAGAGCAAUCUAUCUUCCUUCCAAUGAAUUUGUCGUUGUCAAGUGCUUGGAUCCCGAUCGCUGCGAUAGUAAUCUGGAGUCUGAGGUAAUUGGGUCCAGGCGCAUGGGAUGGGAAAUUUUGGGUGUGAAAGAUAAUGAGGAGUAUCGGAGGUCCUUGUAUGGUGAAAUCACUCACAAGGCUUUGCCGUUUUGAUGCCGUUGGCACUCUUCUUGUUCAUAUGGCUAAACUAUCCUCACUCUUAUAUUUUCAUUUUUAUUUUUAUUUUUUUUAUUUUUAAUUUUUUUUAAUUUUGAGAUUGUAGCUUCUUCGUAACUUUUAUUUAUUUAUUUUUUGGUAACGUAAUUAUAUGCUCAUUGUGUGUUUGAUGUUUAUGUUGCUACAAAAGGAGCAUUUUAGGCAAGAAGGAACUGGUAUUUGGAUUUCUUAGUAUGUGAGGCUCAUAUUAUAUUUUUAUUUAUCUUUUUCUUGUAUCUUAGUUGGAAACAUAAACUAUCAUGUUUGAAUGUUUGCCUUUCAUGCUUAUGUUAAGAAUGUGAUCUUGGAUUUGACAUAUGCAAAUUUUAUUAGUUUUGAAGGUCCCUUCCUAGAUAUUCUAGAUGGAUAAAGUAAUACUGCUUGGUCUCUGAAUUAUUGAGAUAUUAAUUCUAUCUUCUAGGAAUUAUCUUCAUUUUAAUUUUAGUGCCUGAUGUGGUGCAUGUUAUAUUAGAGACCAGAAGUGCUUUUUAUUUUAAUGAUUUUUUGCUGUGAUUGUAAGUUUUACCAGUUCAAUUUUCCAAGAAGGUUUAUUUAACAUCGAAAGAGAUAAUGGCAACUGUAUUAUAUGUGAUUAUGUUGAAAUUGUAAUACAAAAGUAUUGAAGUAAUUAUAGACCAUAAGUGCUUUUUCGUCAUUGUUCUCAUGCUUGCGAUGGUAGGACUGUGUUUACUGGAUGCAUAUUAUUCCAACAUAUGUGUGUCUCUUGGUUCUAUAUCAUGAUUAAUCGAGUGGUGUUUGUCCAUUCCAAAUCAUUCUUACAUCGAGAUACAGAGCCAAGACAAUUUCCUCAUGGGUUUAGGGAGGCGUGCAAAUCAGGUAUGUGGAAAAUAUUUUAAAAUUGGAAUUUUCUUUCACAUUCUACAAGGCAUUCCUUGAUACCUGCUUCCUCAUGGGUUUAUAUCAUGGACUUUGGUCUUGCUAAGAAAUAUAGAGAUGCUUCAACUCGUCAACAUAUUCCUUACAGGUGAGUCCUCUUUUAUGGUUGAUAUUGUAUAAUUUCCUUGCUACAGUAGAAGGUUUAAAGGCUGAAAGUUGGUUGCUUUGCUAUCUUUUUCCAAGAUGAUGCAGCCUAUUCCUGUUCGUUUUGUUUGUUUUAAUUAUGAUAAUAUGGAUGCUGCAUACUCAUUGUUUAACAUAUGACUAAUGUGCCAUUGCUGGUUUCUAAUAUAUGACUAAUGUAUCAUUGUUGGUUA